GUGUUAUUUUAUAUAUUAAAACUUCACUUUUGUUUAUACGACUGAAGCCAAAUUCAUUUGGUGUAAUUUUUAAAUUUAACGUCUUUAAUUUUGAAAUCUACAGCGCGCGCACCUGAACGUUAAUCGGGCGCGCUGUCUGAGGGGGAAGAAGAGACGAGAAGCUCGCGUUCAUCAGUCUUUUACCGUGGAAUGAGCUUCCAUUCAUCCAUCCUGUCUGUUGCACAAUGGAUGUCCGCUCCGUCUGCCUAAUUGGCCAAACUAAAACGCAUUGUAGUAGCGCUAGUAUAUUCAGAGGAUAGCAAUAGCCCCCUUACUCCACCCUCUCCCUCAGCAUUACACACCAGUUUACAACUUACAGCAGUGCAGAUUCUCUCACUAGUGUCUGGAUUUGCUCUAAAUUGCUGUUUUAGCAGAGGGUGAAGGUAGGUAGGUUUGGGGAAUUUCAGAAAGAAAACAAAUCUUUAGAAACAAUAGUACCUCAGUUAUUUAAACAAUUCUAGUGUGCUGCUUAAAUUAAGGGCUAUUAAGGUUUUUUAACCCUUUAAGAUUGUGACGCUAUUUAAAACUUGAAAGAGAAGAAUAAAAAAAGCUAUUGCACAAAAUGGUUUCAACAACUUUAGCUGCAGUAACGCUGAUGAGCACUGUGGUGCUAGCCACCACGGGCCCAUUGACCGGAUACCUGUGGCUCCUGAUUGUCGGAUUCAUAAUCGCCUUCAUUCUGGCCUUUUCCGUGGGUGCUAACGACGUCGCCAACUCAUUUGGCACCGCCGUGGGCUCUGGUGUGGUCACCCUGAAAGUCGCAUGCAUCCUUGCUACCGUGUUCGAGACCCUGGGGUCGGUGCUUCUGGGAGCCAAAGUCAGCGAGACGAUACGCAAAGGGAUCAUUGACGUGAACAUGUACGCCGGCAAUGAGCACGUUCUCAUGGCCGGCUCGGUCAGCGCUAUGGUUGGCUCUGCUGUUUGGCAGUUGAUGGCUUCGUUUCUCAAAUUGCCCAUUUCUGGUACGCAUUGCAUCGUAGGAGCAACUAUCGGCUACUCCCUGGUGGCAAAAGGCUUACAGGGAGUCAGAUGGCUUGAGCUUCUGCGAAUUGUUGCGUCUUGGUUCCUCUCUCCGCUCCUCUCUGGCUUCACAUCGGCUGUUCUCUUCUACUUUGUCCGCAUGUUUAUCUUGCAAAAGAAGGAUCCAGUUCCCAAUGGACUCAGGGCAUUGCCUGUCUUCUAUGCUGUCACUAUGGGAAUCAAUCUGUUCUCCAUCAUGUUUACAGGCGCACCGAUGCUGGGAUUUGAUCAACUUCCCUGGUGGGGAGUCCUUCUCAUCUCUAUCGGAUUCGGCAUCUUCACUGGACUCCUCGUCUGGUUUAUUGUUUGCCCCUACCUCAAGAGGAAGAUCGAACGUGAAUUCAAGUCUUCUAGCCCCUCAGAGAGCCCCUUAAUGGAGAAAAGGGAUAUAGAGGCGCAUUGUCCUAUCCUCAAACCAGUUCCUGAGAACACUUCUACCCUGACCUCCAGCACUCCUCAAACAGCAGCUCCUUGUGAAGAACGUAGAGUAACCUUCGACAUCGGGGACUCGGACGAAGCUGAACCAAAAGAGGGUGAAAUCGGCAACGGGACUGCUUCCAAAUCAGCCCACGUUCAGUUUAACAACGGCCCCACCCACGCCCCCAGUAAUGGCUACAGUCAGUACCACACUGUCCACAAAGACUCGGGUCUCUACAAGGACCUGCUGCACAAGCUGCACCUCGCCAAAGUGGGCGACUGCAUGGGUGAGGGCGGAGACCGGCCCAUCCGCCGCAACAACAGCUACACCUCCUAUACUUUGGCCAUCAUCGGCCUCCACAGUGAGUUCAAGCCCCGGGAUUCGGAUUUCCGUGCCUGCGAGGAUGGAGAUAAGGACAAGGUGCAAGAGCGCAAGAGGGUCCGCAUGGACAGCUACACAAGCUACUGCAAUGCUGUUGCUGAGAACGGAGCCCCUGAAGAUGGCAUCGGAGAAGGAGAAGUGACCCCUGAGAUGGCUGAAGAAGGAGGAAACAGCAGCACACUGGAGGAGGACAGGACUGAGGCAGAUAAACCAGAAGUUUCCAUUUUGUUCCAGUUCCUGCAGAUUCUUACUGCUUGUUUUGGCUCCUUCGCUCACGGUGGAAAUGACGUCAGUAACGCUAUUGGUCCAUUGGUGGCGCUGUGGUUGGUUUAUGAAAGUGGCUCAGUGGAGUCCACUGCUCCUACCCCUCUCUGGCUGCUGCUGUAUGGAGGAGUGGGCAUCUGCAUUGGGUUGUGGGUUUGGGGCCGCAGAGUCAUCCAGACCAUGGGCAAAGAUCUCACUCCUAUCACUCCCUCUAGUGGGUUCAGCAUCGAGCUGGCUUCAGCUGUCACUGUGGUCAUCGCCUCAAACAUCGGUCUGCCUGUCUCCACUACCCACUGCAAGGUUGGUUCUGUGGUGGCUGUGGGUUGGCUGCGUUCCCGGAAAGCUGUGGAUUGGCGUCUUUUCCGCAACAUCUUCCUGGCCUGGUUUGUGACCGUGCCCAUCUCUUGUCUCAUCAGCGCUGCCAUCAUGGCGCUCUUCAAAUAUGUCAUUUUCUAAAUCCUUGCAGCCUGCUAUAAUGUAGCUUCUACCGUUCGCAGCUAAGAACGCAAGAGAUUUGGCUGUUCUGCCGUCUCUUACUGCCUCACUACCCUUAAAGCUCCACUGUCUAUCAGCACUGGGGAUUAAGUUAUCAAGAUGUUUUUUCUUUCUUUUAAUUAGGGUUUGUGUUUCUUAGCUUGCAUCACGUGUUGACAAUUCAUCGGUGUUCUGUGUGCACACACGCACCAGGUUUCACUUGCUAAAGAAGCAGGAAAAAAUAUUUUCUUAUUUUUUUUUUUCCUUUUUCAUUUUCCAAAUGGAUGAAUUGUUGCCAUUUAUACAUACAUACAUACAUACUCACCUUUUUUGUAAAUAAUUGAUCAGAAUAAUUUUUUAAUGUAAUUAUGUACAUAUAACUUCAACUUUUUUUUUGUUUUGUUUUUUAAGUUGGGGGGUGGGGUGGGGAGAACAAUUACAGUGCAGUAUUAGCUUUCUACUACUUCUGUCACAUCUGUCUACACUUAAAUCAUACGAUUCACUGAGACAACACUCUGCCUAGAGCAGUAUUUAGACAUAAACGAGGUCACCAGUCUGUUUAGAGGUUUUUUUUUUUUUUUAAUUUAUUAUUUUUUUUCUUCCAUUCCUUAUAAUCUGCUGAGCAUUUGGGAAGCACUCCUGCAGGUCUUGACUCUUCCAUUGCUAAUAUUUAUCAUACAGUGAUUCCAUAUCUGUGAGUGUAACUAAAAUGCAUCAGCUGUUUUGUAUUCUCUUUUUUUCUUUUUUUUUUCUUUCUUCCAUUAUUGCUGUGUUUCUGCUUUAUGAAUUGAUUCUUUGAUAUUGGAUCUAGAAAUGCACUGAUCCCUUUUUUCAUUAGAAAUACAAUACAGUGCUGGAAAUAUGACCUUAUAUCUGACUUGCACUAAAUUCUGUCGUCUGUACUGUCGAAACGCAGCUCGGCGCCGUCGUUAGUUACUCACGGCAAAGAUGAACUGAUUGGAUGUUGGAAUUGUUUGUUUUGGAAUUGAUUGUUUGAGGCUGUUUUGCCGUAAUUCUUACAAGAUCGGUACUUUAAGUAUCGUAAUGGGUUUGGUUUUGACAUAUCGUCCCAACUUUAAGUAGUCAUUGUAUCAACUUAUUUUUUAGGUAAUAAAAAAGAUGCUGGAUCAUUUCAGAUUAUCUUGAAAUGGAAAUCUGAGCCAAACAAAAAGAGUAUAAAUUAACAGGUCAUGAUCAGAAUCUUGAUCCGCCGAAUGUCGAUUGUAAAUUAGAAUCUUAAGCCCAUGUAGCUUUAAAAUUGAUUUAAAUAUAAGCUCCGUUUUAGAAACAGAGCUGCGUCAUUUUAUAUGCCCUCUGCAUCUGGUGACACUCUGAUCAGCGGAACGUCCUCUAAACGUUUCCAGUCUCCAUAUGGUGGUUACAUGCUUUGUGUUGUGUUGCCGUGCAGCGCUCUUAUUGAAUGCUGAUGAAGUGUAACUGUUACCAGAGGGUUCUCGCACAACCUGUCUGAUACGAAGCAGCCUUUCACAAUGACCCUGACGUACAAAGGGAGACACGCUUAACUACAUGUACUUAACUAACUAAUCUCCCUCUACUCCUUUAUCGUUGCAGGAAAUUCCUUAAGAAAACUGUAGAUUUUAAAUACGCUAAUAUCGCUCAGUGGAUACGGGACCACUAAACACCACAAUAGCUUUUGGUCAUUGACUGAAGUGUUGCCCUUUUUAUUUUUUUAUAGUGGUGUUUAAAAGCUAAGAUUAACUCUGCCUUUUCAGUUUUGUAGAUUGUUUUUUUUAUUAUAUUUAUUUACAUCCUCAGGCUUGUUCUGAUUGGCUGCUGAGAGCAGAGGGGGGAAUAAAAAAAAAAAAAAAACGCAGGCUCUGAAAUGUUUAGGUUAAUGUCAUCGCCACCACUAGUCAUAACUACGGAAACGCAAAGAAGGAAAAGGGACGUUUACUUUUAGCAUGAAUUUGGUUAACAAUUGGCGACGGUAGCUUCAGGACCAGUGUGUAAACACUCAUGGAAAAAUACAACAUAAAACUUUCUUCAUGCUGCAAACACAAGCUUAACAUUCUCCUGUAAAACUUGAUCGAAUAAGGCAGUGCAGUGCUUCUUUUUAGCAUCACAUGCUAAUCUUGCUAAGCUUUCGCUUGCCUCUUAAACCCUUAGAAACCAGACAAGCUUGAUGUUCUAUGCUAGCAUGUAAAUUAGUGUUUAUUAUGUAUAUACCCAGGCCAUGGGUUAGACAUGAAACGCUGCUUUUUAAAGGAAUAGUCACACCACACACCCGGAUUAGCGUGCUGUGAAUUGGUCUCUGGCAUUUUGGUGUUUCUCUCCUCUAAAGCAGGAGUGUGUAGGAAUUCUGCUGAAGCAAAUUUUUUUUUUUUUUAAAUUAUUUAAUUUUUAAUUAGCGCCCCAUGUUGGACUGAUUAUGGCCGUGCAGUAACUGCUGUAAAACCUGAGUUAGUGAAUGAGUGGCGAUUUCGCUGCUGUGUAUCUUUAGAUUUGCUGUAGUUGCCUUACUAUUGUUCUGUAUUUUAUUUUAUUUUAUUUUAUUUUUUUUAGGUACCAAAGAAAACUGGUGUGUACAUUGUAAACAUAUAAUCAUUUGUCUUUGGGAGUGAUUGGGAAGAUUUUUGAGGGAGAAAAUAAAACUUUUUUGGGGGGAAA